AUGGGAGCUGAGCACGGUGGGCACACCGACGUCGAGGAAGAGGCUAUCCCGGGAAGGAUAAACGAUGGCGAGCAGGAACAAGCUUUGCCGCAUGCCAGGGAGGUGCGCCAGGGGGCUGCUCCGAACCCAAACCCAUUACCAGUCCGAGCAGAUCAGCCGUUGUUCGCUGAGCUGGCAAUUGAACACAUGGAGGUCAGGUUGCUGGAGGACCAGCUCCAGCAGUUAGAACGGACUCGGCGAGCAACGGAAGAACACCGGCAGGCGGUAAGGGAGGCACUGGAAGCCCAACGUCUUCGAGUCCGGGAGCAGCAGCAGCUUGAGGCGUAUCAGAAGCGGAUGUUGGCUGUAGAGCGCGAGCAAGCCAAACGGGAAAGCGACAGACAGGACAGGGAAAGACAAGAGAGAGACAGAGAUAGGCAGGAAAGAGGCUGGGGUUGCACAAUCAUGUAG